GAAACGACGCUGUUUCUAAUCGUAUUCAACUUUCUUCGCAACGUGCACCACCAUUCUUUAGCCAACGCCCCUCGUCGCUUCUGCUGCAACCAAUCUGGCAAUCUCUACAUUGAUCAGGCCUAACAGACGGGGCAAUUUCUCACCAUCCUCUCUAUCAAUGGCGUCGAGAAUAGGGAUGCUAAAGACCGCCCUUGGUAACAGAGGUUGCGCGUUGUCGCUCUUGAGGUGGGCUCAUGUCGCAGCAAUGCCUUCACCGAUGGAUGGGUCGCUCCAACCUACGAUCGCACCUACACAUAUGGUUUUGCCGGAGUAUGAUACGCACCCACAUAAUAGCAGUGGCAACUAUAGCAACAACUUAGAGUUUGGGUUCCCCAGUUUCGCUUUCGAUGGAUCCAUGGAACUGAUGGCUGUCCCCAAAAAGAAAGUGUCACCCCAUAAGAGAGGCAUAAGAAAUGGACCGAAGGCAUUGAAACCAACACCAGUAAUUAUUCGUUGCAGGAGUUGUGGUAGAGUCAAGCUGCCACACUUCUACUGUUGCAGUGGUGACAGAGGGAAGACUGGUGAACAAAAUAAUUAAGCAAGGAGUUUCUAGUUAUCUGCCAGCCAAGAUUAGUGAUCUAUCGAGUUCAAUAAGUAGGUUUUCUUUUCUAUGGUUGAAACUUUUUGCAAUUUUCAGCAAUUUGAAUUGAUGCUUUGUGGAAUUCAAUUGCAACUCUUUUUUUUUUUCAAAAAAAGGGAAAAAAAAAAAAAAAACAGAGCUGAAUGCUGAAGAAAUAUCCAUAAUAGUAGACUCCAAUUAGUUUGGGAUUAAGCUUAGUUGUUGUUGUUAAUAUGUUUUAAGAGUUAUUUUACGUCAAAAUAGUUGCCUGUUUGAAUGG